GACUCUAUUCUGAGACUAUAUUACUUGAGUAUCCCUUGUGUUGAUUUUACACAGAACAUUUUGCAGUAUUGGUGUACUGUAUAGUGACAAACAGGGAAUCCACUUGUAGAGCUUAUUCCCGGUUUUAUCUUGUGGAAAAUAGAAUAACAGACUGUCUGAGAAAUAUCUGUUUAUUCCCUCUCCUGUGUCAUUUCAAUGUGCAUAGGCCACACUCAUAGCCUCAAUAAAACCUGGACUUACUUCUCUCCAUUCUUCUGUUUAUCGAUUCACCCUGUGCUCAGUACAGAGAAGAGCCCUUUCUGAUCUGCAGUGUGGGUUGUCUGUGUGUAUUCAGAGCAGGAGAGAGGGAAAUAAUCUGGCCAAUUAUCUAAUUACGAGCCAGAUUUGGUCCAGUCACUUUGUUUUUUUGCCUUUAACUUUGAAGAAACUGCUUCAGUCAUGUGCAUUAUCAGUACUAUGAGGUGAGGGUGCCCGCUGCUGACAUUCAUGGAAAAUAAUAUGUUAGAAUCAAAAGCUUUAAUGCUAACUUAUAUGCUGGAGCCAAAGUUGAGGACAAAGUUUAAAGUUCAAAGAGGGGUCAGUCCUGCUUACGGCAUGGGAGUUUAUGUGGACAAUGGGAUUGUCCAUGGAAAGACAUGGUUCAAAAUGAUUGUACAUUUUAGAGACGACAAGUUCAUUUUGGAUCCUAAUUUUUUGUUUCAAAUAAAAGUUAUGUUAGUUUUGUAUGUGUACAAUUUUUUAAAUGUAUUAUGUAAUUAAAGUUUUCUUUGGGAUAGAGUUAAAGAGCUAGACAGCUACGAGAAAGGGAGAAAGAGAGAGGGGGAGAGAGAGAGGGAAGGGAGAGAGAAAGAAAGCUGGUGAGUCAAAAUUAUCUCCUGGAAGUAAAUCUUCGGCAAUCUGAUUAGUGAGAUGGUCUAGCAAGCCCGUGACUUCUGGAUCUUCCGCACAGGACAAUAGGAUCAGUGAGUGGAAAUGUAGAGAAAUACAGGUUUCCAACAUCUACCCAGAGACAAGGGCCAGAUGAGAGUUCCACCCAGACCUAAUAUGCUGUGAAGACACCGGUUGCUAAAAACUGCACCUGCAAUGGCAGCUGACCUGGAGCCCCCAGUUUUUGAGAACAGCAGCCAGAGAGGGGAGAAGAAGUAACUGCAAUGCAGUGCAACGAAAGGACAUGGGUUUAAUGUUGCAGCAAUGCUGCUCACUCAGCAAUCACAUAUCUGUCACAAGGCAGAAGCCAUUUUGGAAUUAAUCAACACCAAAAGGAAUGUCAGAGCCUAUUCCAGGAAAGGGGUGCAUUUAUUUCAUCCAGCCAUCCUUUUCUCUGUGACUUUUACUCAUGGCACAAAGGGAUAAAGAGCAGUUCUCUCGAUGCCCAAGAUCAACAGUUGCCAAAGCGUCUGUUCAGUCUACUCCUCCUGGAACACUUCCGUCCUCAGCACUCAUGAAAGACAGGAGGAAUAGGACCCCUCAUGGGGUUUCCCUUCAUCAGCUCCUCCCACCUCUCCUCUUUUCUAGUCUCAUAUCUUUAGGGGCUGCCUCUAGUUUACCAGGGAUGGAAUAUGUGUAUGGGCUGCAUCCUAAAAUGAUAUGUACCCCCAUCCCAGCCAAUGCAGACCCAGGCUGCUUCUCGGGACAUGAGACUAAUGAUCAUGGACAUCACAGGCCUAACGGUGGCAGCCCCAGAGGUCAUGGCUGGUGGGGGUUGACGGAUGAGGCCAAAGCUACCAUUUUGCACCUCCGCGAAACCCUGGUCCAGCAGAAGGAGACCAUCCUGGACCAGCGAGAGACUAUCAGGGAGCUCACUGCCAAGCUGACCCUCUGUGAGGGCUUCGGAAGGAAUGUGGGCAGGCAUGACGACCACCACGGCCAGCACCACGCCCACCACCCGCCUCCACACCACCCCUAUCCGGAUCCUGACCACCACACUGACCCCCACUACCCCCUGGUGGGCCGUCGUGACCUGCACCACAGGGGGAAGGGGACACUGGGAGGGGGGGACCACCACAGCGGACCCUCCUCCCCCGAGCAGGUGGGCCGAAUGCUGCAGGCCCUGAAGGAGCGGCUGGAGAACCUGCAGUCCAGGAAUAGCUCCAGCUCCUACUCUAACUCACUGAGAGACCUCCUGCGCAGAGAGAUUAACGCUCUGGAGCAGCAACUGCGCCAUCACCCUGCUCUCCAUGGCAACAGGGACCACCACGGCGACCACCACGACGAUCAUGAUGAUGACCAAGACCACGACCAUGACCAUGACCACGACCACGACCAUGACCACGACCACGACCAUGACCACGACCAUGACCAUGACCAUGACCACGACCACGAUCACGAUGACCAUCACAAUCACGGUCCUGAUCGGGAUCACCACGGCCAUCGCCACGAAUACAGUCACCGCGAAAACCACAACCUUGACCACCACUACGAUGAUCACCAUGAUGAUGAUCACCAUAACAACGAAGCAGAUGGGCGUGGCCACAGCCCUCGAAAGGCCUAUCAGAGACAGGGACACAGAGCCACAAGCCACGGGCUGGAGUCACUGCUCAGUCAGCUGCACCGCAGGGGCGCAGACUCUGGUACCUGGAAGAAACCAAAAAGUCCAGAGUCAUUUCAGAUAGGAUUUCCAAUGCGCACUAACUACAUGUACGCUCGUGUCAAAAGGACCCUCCUCAGUGAAAUAUUUGCCCUCACGCUCUGCUUGUGGAUUAAAGGGGGCUCUAGGCCUGGGUUGGGAACCCCAUUCUCUUACUCUGUCCCAGGACAGGCAAAUGAACUGGUUUUGAUAGAGUGGGGCAACAACCCAAUGGAGCUGCUUGUCAACGACAAAGCCGUGACUCUGCCCCUGUCUCUGAGCGACGGGAAGUGGCACCACCUGUGCGUGACGUGGUCGACGCGAGGCGGGCUGUGGGAGGCCUACCAGGAUGGGGUGCAGAGGGGUUCUGGGGAGAGCCUGUCCACCUGGCACCACAUCAAGCCCGGUGGGGUCAUCAUCCUGGGACAGGAGCAGGACACCCUGGGCGGCCGUUUCGAUGUAACGCAGGCCUUCGUGGGGGAGAUUUCAGACCUCCAGCUGUGGUCCCGUGUGCUAACACCCCAGGAGAUCUUCAACCUGGGCACCUGCAGAGGUCACAUGACCGGAGACAUCAUCUCCUGGACUGAGUCUUUGGUCGAGCUGCAUGGAGGGGUCGACAAGUACCCCUUUGAGCCCUGCCACUAAAGGAAAUGAGUGUUUGAGAGGAGAUGCUUCUACUGUCAGGGAUAUGGUAUGCGAGCCGCACCAUCAAACACCACCUAAUUUGAAUGGGACUUCAGUGGAGCCAAGCUGCUCUUCCCUAAAGCCUGGAGACUGGAAAAUACAGGGGCCCACCUUUUACUCUGAGUUUACUUGGUUAAAAUUUAACUGUAAUUUAACUGAAAUUAUGAAAUGGUAAUACAGAGAAAACACUUUAUAAAUGUAUUAAUUUUAUCCCAAUGUGGCUUCCUAAUCCUAUUGGUAGGCCAAAUGGUUUACUAUUGUUCCAAUCCUCAACAAUCUGGAAGAGAACACAUUCCAGCGGUAGUGUCAUUCCAAGCUGUAUGGUCAGUGUGGCAGACUGCAGUAGCCAAUUUCACCAGAGGAGGCACUGUUAUGUGAUGAGGCACAGAAGAUCAUUGGGUGAUGUUGUGACCUAAUGUCCACAAUGGGCACUUGCAUGGUUAGGAUUUAAUUCCUGAUGGUUGGGUGCAUUACUGUUUUAGAUGGGUAAGCCACCUGACAAACCCCAGCUUAUGGGGCAAAGUUGAACUUUAUAGCCGUCAGCUGAUUGGCUAUUAUUUCAGCGGUCCCUCACACACAAUACGGUGUUUAUCUUUAUGAAAAGGGGUUCAAUCUCUCAAUGUCUUUGGCGACAUUAGUAUCAGAGCUGGUUCUCUUUAGACUUAUGGAUGUAAGAGACUCCAGAUAUGAUAGACGCUAUGAAUGCAGCACUUUCAAAUUUCAAGUUACUCCACUUAUUGUUUAUUGACGACUAAUGGACAAGAUGAAUUUCUUUGGAAGCUGCGGAACUGAACAUACUUUCUUAGGGCCAUGGUUGCCAGACUGUAACCAUAGCGCCCACCUUUGAUGUGUGCUCUUAUUUUCAAAGAGAGAACAUCGCCCUGUGUUCUAGCUGGACAGUGUGAGGAAUAAACUGUCUUUUCAAAAGUACAUCUGAAAAGUAUGAGCAAAACACUAUCCCAGCAAAACACUAUGCUAUUUCGUUCUGGUGUAAAAUGGCUAUAUUAACAGGUCAGUACAGUUUCAUUUGAAGAGUAAAUUCCCUCAUUUAUUAAAUUACUGGGGUUUGAGAUAGAUGUGUACCACAUCACACCAAUAGGUGGCACUGUUGCCCAUACCUAUGAUAUGUCCCUCCAGAAUCCCUAACAUCAUGGAGUUCAAGAGGAGCAUAAAAAUAAAAAAUGUAUAGCAUAUAUUUUUAUUCUUAUAAUAUAAGUUUGAGUGAUAGUUUCCCAAUAUGGGGAGAAAAAUAUUUAUAGGUCAGACGAAAAGAUGUUUUUUCGGCUGCCUGGCAAUAAGUUCCUGCGGCCGUGUGUUACUCAUUUUGCGGCCUGCUAUUAGUAACACAUACACUGCACAUCAGGUCUUUCAGCACUUUGUAAAUAUAAAAAUGAAUUACAUCUAUUGACUUUUGAAUGUAUGUAUUAUUAGGACAUCUUGUUCCUAUGAUAUGUGUUUGAGGUAUUUUGCAAUUUUGGCCUUGUGAGAUACUGUUGAUAAGUGUGUCUACAAAAUUGAUAAAUAAUAAAUAAUUCUCUUGGUUGUACACUGAAACAAAUCUUCAGUGUUAUCG